AUAGGGAUCAGUCAGACCUACAAACUACAGAUACACCACUCUAGACACAACCUACAGGAAACUAACACAAGACUAACAAGGCAACAUUAGAUAACCUUUGAAAUUCUGAGACUUUCUGCGCUGUGGGUUUCUGGGUAAGAUGAUGAUGUCAGUGAAAGCCAGUGUGUUCCUGCUGGUGCUCUACUUUACCACACAGAUCUCAGGGUUAGAGGUGAAGUCAGUUCCAGAAGUCAGUGGAGGCUUUGUCCACACAGAGCUGGAGAAGACAGUGUCUCUGACCUGUCUGUCUGAGCCCCAGGAGGAAGAGCUGGUGUGGCUGAGGAACGGUCAGCUGGUCAGCAUUGCAGCGGGCAACACCUGGGGCAGCAGCAGGCUCUGUGUCACGCCCGUAACCCACUUCGACCACGCCGCCAUCUUUACCUGCCAGAUGAAGAACAAUGCCAGCGUCAACGCCUCAGUCCAGCUGGAGGUCACCUACGCCCCGUUGCACUCUGGGAAGGAGGAGGUGUCGGUGGAGCAGACUAGGGAGCUGGAAUUGUCAUGUGACGUCUUUGCCAAUCCCCCCGUCGUGGUGUCAUGGCAACAGCACGGAGACCCCAUCCACCUAUCAGAGGGCGGCUUCCUACUGUCCAACGACGGCAAUAAGUCUCGUCUGAAGGUGGGCCGGGUGGACAGGGCAGUACACCAAGGUCUCUACAGCUGUGUGACGUCAACGCCCAUUUACCCAAAUCGCACCAAAUCUUUUGAAGUCACUGUCACAGUGCUGCAAGUAGGAGGAUCUGAGCCCGCCACACCUCCGACCACAGCCAAUAAGAUCAGAGAAUAUGGCCACGAAUCCACUCCAUUGGACAGAGGGAAACCAUGAGGGGUUCUAUCCUGAUGAAUAGCUGUUGGGAUGUACUGUAUGACUGAUUUCAUUGAUGUAAUCUAUUGGAUUUGUGAUAUAAAAAUAUUGUAUUUCUACUUCAAAUUAAAGAGAAUCUCAUUCAUAUAUUUAA